GUGGCGCCACAACAAACAAUCCUUAUGUAAUUUCUCUUUUCCCUUGCAUGCAAACGUGUCAAUUCGGAUUUGUCCUUUUUUGCCUCUUUUGCUGUUAUGGUGCAAUUAUGUAAUUGGUGGUAUCGUAUCAUAACAGUUUCAUGUUCGUUCGUAAUAGACGCAGUUUACCUUUGACCGGCCAGCUGUUCUUCAAGUCCACUUACGAUCCCCCACUAAUUGCGUAAGCAAUCAACAUUAUCAUUAUCCCAGAGAACAAAGGACGAUGGCACUGCGAGACGCAUUAAGGCGACAGUUCUGCUCCGGCUUGCAAGGUUAAUAUCAGCAAUACUAUAAGCACGUAUGAACGAUGAGCGAUCUAUCAGCUAUGCGAACGCCGUACCACGGCAAGGGCAAGGUUCUGCUCGAGGAGCAUCUACCAUCCGGGGACGCGAUGCAAGUUUUCAAACAUUGGUUCGAAGAGGUCAAAGGCAAUCCGUCAGUGAUCGAACCGAACGCGAUGUGCCUGGCAACUGUUAACAAGGAAGGCUUCCCGUCGUGCAGGAUGGUCCUGUGCAAAGGCUACAGUCCGGACGGUUUCAAGUUCUUCACGCACUACACGAGCAGGAAGGGACAGGAUCUGGAGGCGAACGAUAACGCUGCGGCGACUUUCUAUUGGGCGGCGAUCUCGAGGUCCGUGAGGAUCGAGGGGAAGGUCGAGAAGUUGCCUAUGCGGGAAGCGGAAGAGUACUUCAGGCAGAGACCGCACAGCAGCCAAAUCGGUGCGUUGCUCAGCGACCAGAGCAAACCGGUGGCCGGACGGGAAGCGCUCGUGCGGAUCGAGAAGGAACUGUCGGGCAAGUACGGAACGGUCGUGCCGAAACCGGAAAAGUGGGGCGGAUACGUGCUGAAACCGACGACGAUCGAGUUCUGGCAGGGUCAGACGGAUAGGAUUCACGAUCGCAUCCAAUUCAUCAAAUCGUCGUCGCAGCAGCAGCAACCGGAUAACAAGAUACUGUUUCAAGGAGAGAACGGAUGGAUGUAUCAGCGAUUGGCGCCCUAAACCAUCCAUCUCGUCCGUCCCCGUACAUAUUAGUUAUUUUUAGUCAAUUAGUUCAAAGAGAUCUUUAAUAUUUCUCGCUGGACACCGUUCGGGCACUUCCAACACGUCUCGUACUUGAAACAACCGGCCUUAUCCAUGGCCUUCUCGAACUGCCUGGUGCCACCGCCUACGCCGAAAUAGUACGUCUUCGCCGCCAAAUAUCUACAACAAAUAAAUAAACAUAAAUUAGAGAAAAACAAA